UGUUGGCUUUAAGAAAAAUCAGAGAGAGGCCCACUUCACCAGCUCUACUCAUUGUCAUUGAUUCACCUGCAAUCUCUUUCUUUCUCACUCUCCAAGUCUCCCUCUGUGAAAGCUGAAAGCUCAUCUUCUUCUUCCACGUGAUUUCUCUUCCCGUUCGCUAAUUGCUCUCCCUUGCGUUCGACGCCAUCUUCCUUGGAGUUCCACUGAAUUUCAAGUAGAUUCUUCCAUGUUCGAUCUGAUCCGGCUCCAGAGAUCGAGAGUUGAAUCGCCUCGAAACAGCUCGAGUUUAACGAUAGACGCGCGACAGGAGGAUAGAGAGAUAUUCGGAGCUGCGUAUACAGUCCGAUUGACUAUGUGAAGUCUGAUUUACGGAGGCAAAUGGCGGGAAAAUUGACUUGAGCGCGAUUUACUGUGUCGAUCCAAAAUGAAGAAGAAGGUGUCGCAGCAGAAGUUACUGUACAGAUGGAAGAGGAAGGUAUACGCCACGUUGAUGUUCGCUUUCUGCUUGGGGACUUUCGUAUUUAUCCAAGCUCGUUUCAAUGGAAUCACUGCGUCUCUCGAUUCGCUGAAGAAGCCUCGUCUCGAUCAGAAACCACAGAUUGCCUUCCUAUUCAUUGCGCGGAAUCGACUCCCUCUCGAGCUUGUCUGGGAUGCAUUCUUUCAGGGUGAGGAUGGCAAGUUCUCAAUAUAUGUUCACUCUAGACCUGGAUUCGUUCUCAGCGAGGCUACAACGCGAUCCAAGUUCUUCUUGGAUCGCCAAGUUAAUGACAGUAUACAGGUUGAUUGGGGUGAAUCGACCAUGAUUGAAGCAGAACGUGUAUUGCUCAGACAUGCACUUAGAGAUCCAUUUAAUCACCGCUUUGUUUUUCUUUCUGAUAGCUGCAUACCUCUGUACAGUUUCAGCUACACGUAUAACUACAUCAUGUCAACACCUACUAGUUUCGUUGAUAGCUUUGCAGAUACAAAAGAUAGCCGUUAUAAUCCUAGAAUGAAUCCCAUUAUUCCUGUUCAUAACUGGAGAAAGGGAUCACAGUGGGUCGUUCUGAAUAGAAAACACGCAGAAAUUGUGGUGAAUGAUACCUCCGUCUUUCCUAUGUUUCAGCAGCAUUGCAGGAGAAAAUCACUUCCAGAGUUUUGGCGAGAUCGUCCUGUACCAGCUGAAGGUUGGAAGGAACACAACUGUAUACCUGAUGAGCACUACGUUCAGACAUUGCUUUCUCAAAAGGGUGUGGAUAGCGAACUCACACGACGAUCACUGACACACUCAGCUUGGGACCUUUCUUCCUCUAAAAGUAAUGAACGUCGUGGAUGGCAUCCUAUGACUUACAAGUUUUCUGAUGCUACUCCUGAUCUUAUACAGUCCAUUAAGGGAAUCGACAAUAUCAACUACGAGACUGAAUACCGGCGAGAAUGGUGUAGCCAUAAAGGUAAACCGUCGCCGUGCUUUCUCUUCGCCAGGAAGUUCACUCGUCCCGCAGCUCUCCGCCUACUCCGUGAAUCUAUCUUGUUAGAGGACAAAGAGCAAGACAAUUAAGUAGAUCCUUCACCAUUCAUAGCAUAUAUUACACAUAGGUACGUAAGAUUACCAAGAGUUAUUAUGUUUGUACUAUUUGUGAUUUCAGUUGUAAUACAACAGAUAUCGAAUUUACAUAGAAACUUACACCAUUUGGUAAACGAUAAAAGCCACGGCAUUGAUAAAGAUGGUCGGUAGAGAAAGAGCUCAGCAGGGGUGACCUGAGAACACAUGUAACAAUGACGUGGCGUCAUUACAGCCGUUGAUUACACAUGUGUCCUCAUAUCAACCCUGUCGAGAUCCACUACCUUCAAAAUA